CCCCAUUUAAAAUCCUAAAUAUAUUGAGAGUCUCAGGUGAGGUCCCAGACCCAGAGUGGAGAAGUAGAAAGAAGAAACGGUGGCGGAGUGAUCGGAGUAGAGAUGUGGUUCGUCGGCGGACUGUUUAGUAGGAGUAGGACUGCCACUAGUAGUGGUAGUGGUAGCUUGAUGAAUAUGAUGAGUAGUAGUAGUAGUCUGGUGAGGCAUUUCUCUCGAAAAAGGGGGGAGAAUCUUCGGAAGAUAAAUCCGAAGGUGGCGCCACAGGAGGCAUCUAACAUAGCUCAAGACCUCUACCGUCUCAUCAACCAACGCGGCCCUCUCACCAUCUCUAAUGCUUGGAUUCAAGCCCAGGAAUCUGGUAUUAGUGGAUUGAACAGCAAGACACACUUGAAGCUAAUGCUCAAAUGGAUGAGGGGGAGGAAGAUGCUGAAGCUGUUCUGCAACCAAAUUGGUUCCAACAAGAAAUUUCUGCUAUGUACUUUGCCAGAAGACCCUCAAAUUGCACAGUUUAUUAAAAACUCAGAACUGAAAUCGCAGACUGAGAAGCCUGCCAUAAAGAGGAAGAGAAAGCAAAAGAAAUAAAAUGUAUGUAUCCAGACCUACUUUCAUCUGGAGUUGGUAUAAUCCGUGGUAACAUGAGUGCUUCCUUCAGUUGAUGUCUUGAACAUGUAUUUUUGUAUCAAGAUUGCUGUCUAAAGCUGUUUUGCUAGUUCGUUAGGCUUUUAUAUGCUGCCCAAUUUGCUUCUUUCCCAUUUUCUAUGUAGUUGGAUCCAAUAUGGAUUGUUAAGAUGCAAACUAUUGAUUUUCAUGUUUUGGUGGGAUUGGGAACAGAGAAAUUUGGUUAUUGAGAAAUUUGGUUCAAGCCUAAACUCGGGCUUGGGUUUGAUUUGAUUGCUAAAUAAAUUUAUAUAAACAAGCUUUUUCUUGAA